UUUUUUUAAAUUAUCUUCGGAUGUCAACGUUGAGGGCGCUAUUAUUAUUCAUCAUGGCGGCGCCCAUGUCACUUGCUGGGAAAGUGGCCGUCGUGACGGGUGCCAGCUCUGGUAUAGGCUGGGCCACCAGUGUGCUGUUUGCAAAGCUGGGAGCAAAGUUAUCAGUCACUGGGAGGAAUGCCGCUAACUUGGACAAGGUGGCCAAUAUAUGCCAGGACAAUGGAUCUGAUCCGUUGGUUGUUACUGGGGAUUUGACUAAUGAGGAGGACAACCACAAUCUCAUUCAGAAGACACUGAAACACUUUGGCAAGUUAGACAUCUUGGUGAACUGCGCUGGUAUCAUAUCAAUGGGAACCAUUGAAACAACAAGCAUGGAAGCCUACGACACCAUGAUGAAUGCAAACGUCAGGUCAAUAUUUCAUUUGACGUCGCUGGCUGUGCCCCACCUGAUUGAAACGAAAGGCAAUAUCGUCAAUGUCUCCAGUGUCAACGGUCUCCGGGCGUUCCCAGGAGUCUUAGCAUACUGUAUGUCCAAGAGUGCUCUCGACCAGUUCACCAGAGUUACUGCAUUAGAGCUGGCGCCAAAAGGAGUGCGUGUGAAUUCAAUAAACCCCGGUGUAAUUGUAACCAACUUGCAGAAAGCUGGAGGUCUUGAUGAUGAAGCUUAUGCAAAGUUUUUAGAACGCACAAAAACCACUCACGCCCUCGGGCGACCCGGGCAGCCAGAUGAAGCAGCCAAUGCCAUCGCUUUCCUGGCGUCUGACGCUGCGACGUUCAUCACAGGAGCUACCCUACCAGUGGACGGGGGACGGCAUGCCAUGUGCCCUCGAUAAAACGAAACUUGGAUGGUACAGAGAACUGUAAUUAGUCCAUCACAAGUCAAAUCAUAAGCCAAAGAACAAGUAAAAUCACAAGUCAAUGUUUGUUAGAGCACAAGUAACAUGGGAUGAAUAAAGGCAUGUUUUUGUCACAGUUUGUUAGUGAAAGUAAAUAACAAGCAGGACAAGUUCUUGUUUUGAACUAGCGGGACGGUUCUUAUUUGAACUAAAUCUACAGAGUGAAAGUAGACACAACCAUGGCAUUACUGCAAACCAAGCUGUAUCGAUACUCCACCAUGCAUGCAAAGCCUAAAUGUUAUAUACGUAUUAGCUUAUGACUUGACAUAAAUGAUUUGUGGUGGACUUGUGAUGAAGUGACACAACUUUGGGUCGAUGUUAUUUAAUUUCAAGUUUUUUAAAGGGCCUGUCACAUUAU